UCCAUGAGAGGGAUGUGAUGAUGUCAUUCUGUAGUCCAUGAGAGGGAUGUGUAAGGAGGAGGACUAUGCGUUCCUGGGAGAGAAGGGGAAAAGCCACAAGGAGACAGACACGCUGGGCGAAGACUGGAAGGAAGACAAAGUGGAGAGGGUGCGGCGGCGUCGGGAGCGAGUGCAGCAGGAGCAGAACAGAAUCCGAGACGAGGAAGAGAGUAGGAAGGAAAAGGAGCAGCUGUGGCGUCACCAUGUAGCAGAGUUGGCUUCCACUCAGGAACAAAGACUCAGAGAAAGACUGGCACGACUCCGUCGCUUCAGGGACUUCCAGAGGAGUGUGCUAGCAGAGGAGAUGUCCCUCCAGACAGACUCUGAGUCCAGCCAAGCCCUAGACCAGCUGCUUACCAGGAUCUAGACAACAUAGACCUGCAGGAAAGACCCAUUUCACAACCAGUUCACAGACUACCUGUCCCUUCUAAUCAGUAUAUAUAUCUAUUGUCAUCUCUCUCCACUGGUCUGCUGUUCAGUCUACAGAGUGAUCUAGACUGUAUAGAUCUAUAGUCAUCUCUCUCCACUUGUCUGCUGUUCAGUCUACAGAGUGAUCU